AUGCGAUGCUCUCUGUCUGUCGUUCUGGCCGCUGCCGCCGGCAUAGCGCUCGCUGCUCCCUCUGCGCAUGAGUCGAGGAAUACACAUCUUCGUACCCGCAACAUCAUUGAUGGCACGAGCAUCGCCGACUCAUACGACUUUGUCAUUGUCGGUGGAGGCUUGGCUGGGCUGGUGCUUGGUGCGCGCCUCUCAGAAGAUGCGAACCAUACGGUCCUUGUCCUCGAAGCUGGUAGUGACGGGGACGAGUAUCGGGAUCGAAUAGACACACCUGCGUAUGCAUACUACGAAUCGCUCUGGCCCACGGAUCUCAAUUGGGCAUUUACAACAACUCCUCAACCCAAUGCGAAUAACUCUCAGUGCCCAUGGCCUCGAGGGAAAGUCCUUGGAGGUUCCUCUGCCAUCAAUGGAAUGUACCUGAACCGGCCAGGAGAAAUCGAAAUAAAUGCGUGGCAAGAUAUGCUUGGGGACAUGGACGGCGCCGAGAAUUGGUCUUGGGACGCCAUGUUCGCCGCGAUGAAGAAGAGUGAGACAUUCAGUCCACCUGUCGACGCUUCAAUCCAACAAGAAGCUGCUAUCACCUACAACCCGGCCAGCCAUGGCAGUCAAGGACCAAUUCACAUGUCCUACCCUGGCUUUACUAUGCCUCUCGUUGGCGCGUGGUCUAGUACUGCCAAUAAUGCUGGUGUAGAUGACACGCAAGACCCCUAUGGUGGUGAGAAUUGGGGCGCGUACGUCGCCACAUCCGCUAUCAACCCGGCCAACUGGACGCGUUCAUACAGUCGCUCUGGAUACCUCGAUCCAUUGCCACCGCGCUCCAAUUACGAUGUGGUCGCCAACGCUCAGGUGACCCGCAUUCUCUUCAGCAAUACUUCAGGAGGCAACCUCACAGCACACGCGGUCGAAUAUGUGCUUAAUGGAGCUGGUGAGAAGCUGACUGUGGGCGUCAACAAGGAGGUGAUCCUUGCUGCUGGUACUGUUGGCAGCCCAACUGUUCUGCUGUACAGCGGUGUCGGGCCGAAGGAUGUCCUGGAUGCCGCCGGAGUUACCGUUGUGUCUGAGCUUCCAGGUGUCGGCCAGCAUCUUCAAGAUCACAUAAGUGUCACUGUAACAUGGAGUACCGACGCGCAGACUGCGGGCACUAUAUAUGAAGCCAAUGGAACCGAAUCGACCAACCCUGCUUUCUUGUCAUACGUCAACAGUGCGACCGCCUACGUGAAUUCCUCGGUCCUGUUUGGCAAUGGAGUCAGUGGCCUGCAGAGCAGCAUCUUGGGCGAAAUUGACUCGUACAUUCCGGACACGAGUUCUGACACGAGCGUCAUUUCCGGCUACAAGACGAUCUACAGCGCAACCGCAAAUACCAUUCUCACCAGUCCAAUCGGACUAAUAGAGCUGGUGAUUGGUCUGAGUACUAACGGUUCCAUCCAAAUCGGAGCCAAUCUCCAGCACCCAUUCAGUCACGGUCAGAUCUCCAUCAAUUCCUCGGAUCCGCUGGACUAUCCGGUCAUCAAUCCCAAUUAUCUGAAUCAUCCUGCCGAUGUUGAGAUCCUCCGCGAGGGCGUCAAGCUCGCCCGAGUCCUGGGUGAAACCGAGCCGUUAGCCGGCAACAUGAUUGAAGAAACGUGGCCUGGUUCAGAUGUUCAGACCGACGAGGAGUGGGAGGACUGGCUCCGCGGAGAGGUGUUUACCGAAUUCCACCCGUCGUCCAGCUGUGCAAUGCUGCCUCUCGAGCAAGGUGGUGUGGUGGAUGCAAAUCUCCGAGUCUACGGGCUUUCGAACGUCCGUGUCGCCGACGCCAGCGUCCCGCCCAUUGCUUUCUCAGCGCAUCUUAUGAGCUCCACCUAUGGACUGGCUGAACAGGCCAGCACCAUUAUCCGCAAUUUCUACGACCAAACUACAUCGUCAACGAAGCACCAUAACUCCACAACAAACAGCACUGGCUCAAGCAACAGUCAGGCUUCAAGUAACGGCAAUGGAACCGCCAUCUUGAACACCACCAACACCCCUCCCACGAUCAAUGCCAGCAGUUCGGCCAACACCAAUAGCAACGGUGCUGCUUCCUUGAGCUGCUGGCCUCUUUCGACCGUGGCCUUGCUGUGCAUGGCCAUUGAAUUUCUACUUUGA